UUUGGUUUAGGUUACCAUAACAUAACCUCUUUCAAAAGUUUGAAUUUUCGAAUUACUAGUUUUAAAUUUUGAAAUAAAUAAUAAAGAAUAUACGACUUUUCGAUUCUAUACAGAAGUAAUUUCGAAUUAAUUAUUCGAGCAGUACAUAAUUACAACCAUGAGAUAUGCACAAUUGGUUGUUGGGCCUGCUGGUUGUGGAAAGUCUACAUAUUGCAAGGCUAUGCAAGAUCAUAUCUUGCUCAUGAAAAGAAAAGCUGAUGUGAUUAAUUUAGACCCUGGAGCAGAACAUUUCGACUAUGAGCCUAUGAUAGAUAUUAGGGAAUUGAUAAAUGUUCAAGAUGCCAUGGAGGACGAAGAACUACAUUUUGGUCCUAACGGAGGGCUAGUUUUCUGUAUGGAAUAUUUGUUUGAGAACUUAGACUGGUUGCAAGAUAAGUUGGGUGAACAAGAAGAUGAGUAUAUAUUGUUUGAUUGUCCAGGUCAGAUUGAAUUGUUCACACAUAUUCCAGCCAUGAGAAAAUUCAUUGAACGACUUCAGAGUUGGAAUUUUAAUGUCUGCGUUGUGUUUUUAAUAGAUGUUCAAUUCAUGACAGAUGGUCCUAAAUUCAUAUCAGGAACAAUGGCUGCAUUGAGUGUAAUGCUGAAGAUGAAUACACAACAUGUAAAUAUUCUAUCAAAAAUGGAUCUCUUGAGUAAAGCAAUGCAAAAGCGUAUCAAUAGAUUCUUAGAUCCAAAUACAGAGGCCCUUCUUGACGAAAUUAGUACAGAUAAUUUCAUAACAUUCAAUGAAAAGUAUAUGAAGCUCACAGAAUCUAUAGCGGAUAUAGUGAGUGAUUAUUCAUUAAUUUCAUUUGUACCCUUAAACCUGCACAACGAAGAAAGUAUGACAAAUGCUCUAAUAACCAUUGAUAAUGCUCUACAAUAUGGUGAAAAUGAGGAAGUGAAAACCAGAGACUUCGAGGAAGAAGAUGAUUGAAGUUAUAAAUGUAACUGUGUAAAUAAAUUUGAUAUUUUCAGUAAAA